AUGCCUUUCGAACUGAACAUCCACCCAGAAUCACUUUGCGACAUGACCGAUCAGCCGAACCCAAUGCCAGAGAAGAGCUCGGACAAAGCGUUGGAAAUUGAAGAUGAGCAAAAUAAGCCACCGCGAGUCCAGCAAGCAAGCCUGCUCGUAACCAAGCUCAACUUCGACAUCCAGUAUCAGAUCUUCGAGCAGCUGGGCCCUGCUUCUCAGCGCCUCUUCGGCGCAACUUGCUCUACCUUCCGCGACAUCCAGCAAGAGGGCUUCCCUCAAUCACAAAUCGACGUCCACCUCAGCGAGAUCCCGGUUGGCCUCGACGGUACUUCUGCAUACGUACAUAUUCUGGCUGCAUGGUUGGGCGGUAAAGCUUUUCUUGCGGACUGGAAGGACAUCACAGGUUUGUUCAACCACCCUCCCGGGCACUACUUGAGACUUGCGAUCAAUGAUAUCGCGGGCUUUUCGUACAUAGCACGCUACCUGUGCGAUGAUUACCGAGCUAUGAACGCGAACAGGCCGGGAGAGGCGCCUCGUAUGGUUCGGGCUUAUUCUCAUGGUGGUCCUGGAAGUGUGUUAGUUGACCACACCGAGGUCGCUAAGAAAGUUGACGAGAAAAAAUGA